CGGAAUCUAGGAUUCAGGGUUUAGUGUCGAGGGGUGCUUCUCCCGCUGCUUCCAUUGUCCGCAUCUUCCUGCGUUCUGGGAUUAGGCGAACCUGCCCUUCAUUGUCACGCCAGAUCUGUAUAUAGCUUGAGGUUCUUCGUCGUUCCAUUCAAAUCGUUCCCCCUUUCUGCCGUGCACAUAUCCUCGCCUCGACGCUCUCUACAGGUCUCGCAGCUGACGGUGUGCUCGACAGGAUCGGAAGAAAAUUGAUCUAGGUUUGUGAACAGAUCGGACAACAUGGCCUUCGAGAUCAGUGGCGACUAUGGCUUCGUGGCUCUCAUUUGUGUCCUCACCCUGGUGUUCAACAUGUGGAUGAGCGUCUCUGUCGUCAAGGCCCGUAAAAAAUACAACGUCCCUUACCCCGCUUUGUAUGCCGUCGAAUCUGAGAAUAAGGAAGCCAAGAUGUUCAACUGCGUUCAGAGGGGCCACCAGAACUUCUUGGAGUUUUUGCCUUUCUUCUUGGCAAAUCUGCUUCUCGGUGGACUCAAGCACCCUCUACUUGCCGCGGGCCUAGGAUUUGGAUAUAUCGUUGCUCGUUAUUUUUACUUUAAGGGAUACUCCACUGGCGUCCCAUCGAACAGGAUGAAACUUGGUGGAUCACACUUUCUGUUCUACUUCGGUCUCGUGGGAUGCACAGUUUCCCUCUCCAUCAGCUUAAUUGCAUCUCGUUGAGAAGAAAUUGAUUAUCAGACGAGGACAGAGACAAGCAUAGACGAAAACUGUUGUCCAGAGAGAAUGAUCAGGUUUCUAAGGUUAGAGUUUCAUUCAGAUUCGAAGCUUUUCUCGGCAAAAUAUCAACUUCCCGUUGAUUCUUGUGAACUCUUUUUGCUUCGUUCUUGUCAGUAAAGACGGCAUUAUUUCCUCCACUCUCAAACGUCAAUCACUGCGUUUAUCAGCUGCAUAUGAAGAGACAUAAGCUGUGGAGUCCAUGUGCUUUGGGUUUUUGCUUGUAGUCAACAGCCAGCAGUUUAUGAUUAAACCUACAUCCAGCAUGAAAAACAUUAUGACUUGUUUCCGAUGCUGGAAUUUCAGUGCUAUGUGCAUGCUUUGUAGAUUGCAACGCCUCUUGGCCUCUGUCGUGGAGCUUGCUCGCAAAGCCUUCCUUGAGAUUAAAAUUAGCGUGUUUGCCUGU